GCGAGCUCCGUCCGUGCAGAAGCUCUGGGGUCCCCUUCCACUUUCUCCCUACCCCGCGCCCACCCCCGCCCCAUUAUGAGGACGGCACUUCUCUCGACCUGGAUCGUGUCCCUGAGUUACUUCGCGCCCACAGUGUUGGCUGCCUAUUUCUUCCAGCAGCCCAUGGAUCAAGUGAUCGUGUCUGGACAGUCGGUGACACUGGCCUGCGUGGUGAUGGGCUACCGCGGCAUGGUUCAGUGGACCAAGGAUGGGCUGGCGUUGGGUGGAGAAAGAGACCUGCCCGGCUGGUCCCGCUACUCUAUUGUUGGCGAUGCUUCCGCCGGACAACACAACCUGCGCAUUGACUUCGCUGAGCUGGAUGAUGAUGCGGUCUACGAAUGCCAAGCCACGCAAGCAGCGCUGAGGUCUCAACGUGCAAAACUCACCGUCCUGAUCCCUCCCGACGAUCCUGAGAUCCAAAAUGGCCCGAUUGUGCACGUGAUCUCCAACGUCCCCUACAACCUGUCCUGCCGGGCCUCCGGGGCCAAGCCUGCCGCCGAGAUCAGCUGGUACCGUGAUGGGCAGCGGCAAGAUUCGGCAGUGUAUUCCAAGGCCCUGAUGGAGGACGGCAAACGGGAGGUGGCAGUCAGCACCCUCCUCUUGACCCCCAGCAGCAGGGACAUGGGCAGCACCUUCACCUGCCGGGUCAGCAACCCAGCAGCACCUGCGGGGAAGCAGACGACGGUCACCCUCAAUGUCCAAUACCCGCCUGUGGUCAUCCUGUCGGUCCAGCCGCAAACCAUACCCGAAGGUGGCAAGGUCAGCUUCCUCUGCACGGCCACUUCCAACCCCGAAGUGACAGGCUACAGGUGGGCAAAAGGUGGCGUACCUGUUCCCGAAGCCAACGGUGACAGUUACGAGGCGACAGUCGACCAGUCCUUCUUCACCGAACCCGUGUCAUGUGAGGUGUCGAAUGCCGUGGGAAGCACCAACGUCAGCACGCUGGUGGAUGUGCAUUUUGGACCCCGUCUUGUAUCUCAACCCAAACCCCUGACUGUCGACGUUGGUUCCGAUGCCUCCUUCACUUGCACCUGGUCUGGGAACCCACCUCUCACCUUGGCCUGGACCAAGAAGGGAUCUAGCGUGGUGCUGAGCAAUGGAAAUACCCUGCACCUGAAGGCAGUGACGCAGGAGGAUGCCGGCAUCUACGUGUGCAAAGCUAUUGUGCCACGCAUCGGGGUUGCAGAGAAGGAGGUGACGCUCGCAGUGAAUGGCCCGCCUGUUAUCAGCGCCGAACCGAGCCAGCAGACCGCGGUGGGAGCCAAAGCCCGGCUGGAGUGCUUGGUGGGGAGCAUCCCGCCCCCCGACAGAAUCGCCUGGGCGUGGGGGGAACGGGUGCUGGAUUCCGGCUCGCUGGACCGUUUUACGGUGGACACUGUCGUGACGGAACAAGGAGUGCUCUCGGCUCUGCUGAUAGACCCGACCCACGAUUCCGAUUUUGCCCUCCCUUACAACUGCACAGCUUGGAACCGCUUUGGUGUACGGUCCGCCGCAGUCAGCCUGCGCCGGCAAGAUGCUUUUGCCCCCACCGGGGAAAAACAGACAGAAGUCCUGUCAGUCCUCAUCUUGGGGGUUUUGGCAUCCUCCGGUGUUCUGGCCCUUCUGCUUCUGGUGGUCACUGUGUCUCUCUGCUACCGGCGCAAGCGCUGUGGGAAAGCCAAGCGGGGAACACAACUCUCUAAGGCCGACAUCCUGGUGCAGAUCACGACCAGCGAGAGCAGCCCCAGCCGACCAAGCGAGGCGGAAGAUGAUAGCAAAGAGCCUAUGCAAUGGUACAGUCCUUUGGGAAAGCCCCCGUCACCUGUACUUACAUCGAAGGGACCCAAAGAGCUGAAGCUGGAACCGGGGAAUCUCCUAUACCAGGCUCACCCCUCACCCUUCAUCUCUCUCCAGGCCACUAGCAGCGAAUCUCCAGCCACAUCCCAUACAGAGCACAGUGAAAUCCUGGAAGAUGAUGAAGGGAGCCAGGAGCUGAAGGAUCCCACUAAUGGCUAUUACAAAGUCCGUGCACACGAGGAGCCGUGCUUAGGGAGCAGCUUCUCAGAAUAUACGCCAGCCCCCCGCCCUCUGUUUGGGCCCUCUUCUCUGUACCCAUCGGCUGGGCCAGUACAACCAAAGCUGUAUGAAUAUGCUCACCGCUACACCUUGGGCACGCCUGGCUCUCGCUCUGCCUAUGACCCCCACGAACGACUCUUCCCUCAGGAAAAUAUGUACAGCGGGAGCACCUACCUCACCGCCCCCUACAGCCGGGCCUUCACAAGUUACGUCAAGCCCAGCAACUACGAGAAGGCUGAGAGCGGGUAUGAGCCAUCAGACCAGGCCAGCAAGGCCUCAGGCUGUUCACGCUUCUCGUAUACCUCCUUGUGCCAGCAGUCUGACUACGGGCGCCCUUCCCAACAGCGCAUGCAAACCCAUGUAUGACUCCUGCCUGACCCUGCCAAACUCUGAUCAUCUUCAGAGGUCGCGAAAAACGGAACAGACACUCGCUUUGGCUGACGGACUCCAAAGGACCAGGCAACAGACUGGGUGUCCUAGACCUGAGCUGAGGACGCAGUUCUCACCAUCUGAGGAAGAUGGCAAGCAGCCAACUUAGCAACCCACAACUGCCAAGUUGCAGCCAAGAUGGCCGACGGCCGGCUUGUCAUCUCCAACUGGAGCCCGGCCCAUCUUUCUGGAACUGUGAGGACACCGGUGCCGGCCUCCUUGCGUCAGGACACAGUGAACAAGGAAGGGCACACCUUCUGCUGAAGGUGGGAAUAGGCUGCAGUGGAUUGUGGGAUAACUAGCUUCAAAAUGGUGGGGUAGUGCUGGCCAUUGGAGGAAAACCUGAGAUGCCUGUGGGCUAGGAUUUGAAAACUGAUGAACAUAUGGUGCUAUAACAGCCUCAGUGCUCUGUCUAGCUCUACAACAAGGGUUGCCCUAAGGGCAGUCCACUGCCACAAAGGCUUGAUUUUAGACCUUACUGCAGUCGCAUGAUUCUGGGAAAUCUCUACGCAUGGGCAAUAAUGCUUGCUUUUUACUUUUUUUCCUGGUUUGAUGCCGUAGUUAAAUUAUUCUCUCUUCCCUCCUUUAGUGGGGGCACUUCUGGAUAAAUACAAAUGCAACUGUAUUUGCCCCCCCCUCACCCUCCAGUUUCAUAAAACCCAGACCCCAGUUCCAGUACAAAGACACCAAAAUAACAUCCGUUUGGAGAUCUACUCUUCAUUCACUUGCAAUGAACUCAUCUGACCAGCGGGUGGCAAUGGUGUUCAACAACUUAUGCUAUUUCACUAUGCUGAAAUCGGAAAGGACUCCCAGGGUACAAACUCUAAAGUAAAUCCAGCCAUAAAACCCAGGGGCAGAGCCCGGAAGGAAAUAGGAGGCCAAAAGCAGAUGGGAUAGGUUUAUAUCUUUCUCUCUUUUUUAAAAAAAAAAUAAUAAUAAGUUAUUCCUUUUGCCUUAAAUGUAUUUCCCUGCUGUGAAUGUUUUGAGGUCUAUGUUCUUAUCUUUCCAGAAUCUCACUGUAUAUUAUUUUUGUUUUGCAUUUUUUUUCUUUAGAAUGGGAUUUCACAGUGUGGCACGCUAUGAUCAUGCCUGUCUGAGUAUGUUUGUGCUUUAUAUAUAUACAUAUAUAUAUAAAAACCAGAGGGGAAAUUGUAAAUGUAUUGCCUACUGCUAAACUCAAAUAUUUAUAUUUAAUUUUAAAAAG